AUGUUUGGUCUUAUCCUUGUUAAAACCACGCAGGAAAGUCAUACUAUCGGAGUCUACGGUGGUGGCGCGGUCACAUUCAGAUUGAUAGACCACUUUGCUAGUCAGGGUCGUCACGUGUACUUCACCGCACACAGUGACCACAAUAGCAACAUUAUGAAAGUCCAAAGGGACGGUUGCUUCACUGUAAAGCGAUAUUGUUCAACCGAUGAGAACAAGUGGGAAGAGUAUGUCGAGCAUAGAGUUGCUAGUCUAGAUGGACCACCUCUUGUUCAAAGCGCUCUGUCUCCUAAGAUCUGGGCGACGACCGACCUUCGUAAAUUGGUUCAGCAAACUUGCGACAUAUACAUCUCGAUCGUUUCCAUAGGCGAUCAAUCUGAGAACAGCCACAAAGAUGUCAUUACACACUUUCUUGGGCUGGACAUGGACCUUAGUCAUUUGGUACUCACAGCUGUCAAUGCCCACGCAUUUACUGUAUUAGCUGAGCAGAUGGGACUAUUGGAGCGGGUCAAGAUGAUUAUUGAUCUUCCUGUUGGCCCUUAUGCAACCAGGAAUGAACCGAACUCCUCUCCUCUUCAUAAUAUCAUGAAGGGUAAGAAGAUUUGGUUACCCGCAUCAUACACGGUCUCCACGCGCAUCAAUGACAACAUCGCACAACUUGUGGACCAGGGACAUCAAGCUACUAUUGGUAUGCUCAAGAUGGACAUCAUGCCUUUGUAUAAUGCUAUCGAUGCCUUUUUCAAUCACAUGAACCCUGUUUUCCAUGUUCCCAUAGCCUACGCCAACAUGUCCAGGAUCGACAGCGGAGAAUCCUGGACGUUCUACUUGAAUGGCUUGACCGAAAGUGUGAAAAAGCAGAUUCAAGCUUUCGACACAGAUCGGCGGGCUGUUCUCAAGGCCCUGAAGUUCACUUCAUCAACAUUGACGACAACAGAUUACUGUAACAAAGCUUACGGCGCUAAUUACACGGGAGAGGAUGACUUUGGGAAACGUACACCCGUCCACAACCGAACUUCUGGAGUGCCAACUAGUAUGAACAAAUACAGAUACACGCUUGAGGAUGGAAGGUGGUGCAUGAGAGCAGCUGUUUUUGCAGAAGCGAUUGGCGUCGAAGUUCUUACCAUCAAAAGCUACGCCCAGCAGACCAUAAAUUUGUUAGGGGAAGAAAUGGUUGAAAGGAAAGAUCAAAUCAUGACCGACUUCGGUAUCAAGGGCUUGACUCAGUUCGAGGUACUUAGAAAGUAUGGCAGGCAUCCUGAUAGAUAG